GGCUUGAGACUGCUCAGGAGGCCUACCAAGCCCUUGAGAGGGUGCACCACAGAACCACGGCUGGUGCAAAGAUCCACACCACCAGACGCUUAUUUGAGAUGAAGCUGCGUCCCGGUGGGAACAUCAGACAGCAUGUUACUGAGAUGCUUUCUGUUUUCAAUGAGUUGCGCCUGUUACAGGUCAACUUUUCAGAAGAGCUGAAGGUUUAUAUUUUGCUCAGCUCUCUGGACAAAAGUUAUGACAAUUUGUGUCUGUCUAUGGAAUCGAUGAGUCCACAGGAUUUGACGCUAUCGUACGUGACAGGGCGUCUUUCGGACGAACAGGAGAGGCGUGUCCGAGAAG